AGCCUGGGCUAGCGGGAGCGUCGCUGAAAUCAGUCCCCCCGACCGGCAGGGGCCGAGAGCGAAGAGCCCUCCUUCCUCCGUGGGCACCAUGCUAGCCGCGCCGGAUGGCGGCCUCUCCCUGACCAUCGCCCAGAUCGUGGAGAGGCUGAAGGGCUCCGGACUUCACGCCCAGCUGGAGCGACAGGCUCGGCUCAGUUUACACAGCCCAGAGAUUAAGCUACAAUCCCUAAAGGAAGAUAUUAAGGAAUAUCUGAAGACAUCAGGAUGGGAAAAGAAGCUACAAAAUGCUGUUUAUAGAGAAAUCAGUAUGUUUCCUUUACCUUUUCCUCCAUCAGUGCCUCCUGAACACCUAAAGGAAUCUUUGGCCUACAUGAGGAAAGCUCAGGGAAACUGGGAAAAACGUAUUUUGAAGAGUCUAAACAGUAUGUGUACAGAACUUGGCAUUCCAUUAUCACAGAAGAGAUCACUAAAUGAGCAAAAAGAACUUUUGAAUAAAUGGAAUGAAAUGGGAACAGAUGAACCAGAUCUGAGUCUCUUCAGGCCUGUUUACGCACCUAAAGAUUUUCUUGAGGUGCUGAUGAACCUUCGCAGUCCAAAUUAUGACAGUAGUGAGCAACCUAAUUUUAGAAAUCACCUGGGACUAAUUCAGGUCCCACUGAAUGUGAAAGAUAUACCUGAACUGAAGGAAUAUUUUAGUGAAUUAGACCUGAACACUGGUCAGAUGGAUAUUGAUGAUUCUGCACAUGUGCCUCCAGAACUCUUUGAAAAUGAGCAUGUACGGAUUGGUCAAAAAGUUCUGGUGGAGCAGGACAGCGCAGCAGCUCAACAGUAUGUGCGACAAGGCUGUCCAAAUUCCUUGAGAGCAGAGCUGUGGGCACUGAUUCUGAAUAUUUCUAGCCAACCAGAGGAUAUCUUGUACUAUGAACAACUGAAGUCUAAUGUGAUCAGCUAUGACCUUUUGGUGGACAGUCUGAUUUAUAAAGAUGUGAAACUGACAGCCAGCAAUGAUGACUAUUACUUUGUGUUUGAGGAUUAUUUAUAUCAGGUGUUACUUUGCUUUUCUCGGGACACUUCAGUGUUGGAACACUUUGUGUACAGUAGUGCUACCCCACCCAAAUCAUACAUUAGAGGGAAACUUGGAAUGGAACAAUAUGCUGUCUUUUAUCCACCGAAUGGUGUCAUUCCUUUCCAUGGCUUUUCAAUGUAUGUUGCUCCGCUUUGUUUUCUAUACAAUGAGCCUUCCAAGCUGUAUCAGAUAUUUCGUGAAAUAUAUGUGCGUUAUUUCUUCAGACUUCAUUCUAUCUCUUCUCACUCUUCUGGGAUUGUGUCACUAUGUCUGCUGUUUGAGAGUCUUCUUCAAACGCAUCUCCCACAGCUGUUUUAUCAUCUUCGAGAAAUUGGAGCACAGCCUCUAAGAAUAUCAUUUAAAUGGAUGGUACGAGCAUUCUCUGGAUACCUGGCUACAGAUCAGCUGCUGCUUUUAUGGGACAGAAUUCUGGGAUACAACUCUCUGGAAAUUCUUGCUGUGCUGGCAGCUGCUGUGUUUGCUUUUCGAGCAGGGAAUCUAAUGGAGGUGACAUCACUAGCCGCAGCUGAAGCUGUCCUCGCUGAUCUUUCGACUCUGAAAGUUAUGCCUCUUCUUCAGAUUUUUCUCUUCACCGCUGGCUUUUGAUGCUCUCCAAAGACACAGGGCUGCACUGCUAGACUUUCAACAGAUGCUAAUAAUAAGCUAUGCAACAUUCAACUAAAGAUUUAAUAUUUAUGUUUUUGCAGAGGUUUUAAUAUGCAGGUCUUACCUGGAAACCCCUCCAAAGGCUGUUGCAUAUCACCUUAUCACUGCUGCUUGCUGUUGUAUUUUAGUCAAACUGCAAUACCUGGAUGUAGUGCAAAUUUUUAAAAAAAGGUUUCCUUUAAUGCAUGCAGUAUUAAAUGCAGGAAGAUGAGGGGAAAACCCAGUAACUCUAGAUCUCAGUGCUGCCUUUCUGCCGUAAAGGUGGAAAGGAUUUUUUCAGUAAUUAUUAUCUGUCAUCCAAUCAAAUAAUACUUCACCUUAUAGUACAUCCUGCAAUACUUGAAGAAAAGUAUUUAAAAUAUUUAACUUUUAAACAGCUAAUUAUUAUGAAAAAAUGUAGCAAUACUUCCCUCUCCUACUUUUGGUAUCAUUUCUGGUGAACUAAGCUGCUUGUUUUAGUCAACUAGAGGCUCAACCAGAAGUUCAUACAUUUUUAGAGAACUGCAGACAAUGUGAUAAAGGCAUCAUGUAUUAUCAUAUAUACACUUAAGCUUAAGGAUCAAGAGGUUUUAUAGAUUUUUUUUGUAAGCUUAAGAAUCAGCCAAACCUAUUUUAUUUUUGGAAAUGAAAUUACAUUGAAAAGAUCUGGGGAAAUACCAUAUCACAUAUCCUCCAUUCUCUAAAAGUUUACGUUCUUUGGUCCUUAGCUGCUCAUCCCCACACUUUCUCAUAGGUUUUCUCCAAUUCUGCUAUGAAAAGACACAUUUGUCUGGGCACCAGCUUUCUCCAGAAUCUGUUGAAGCCUGUCUAUGCAGGAGCCAAAACAGUUGCCUGCAGAUGACAUCAAAAGCUCCCCCUUCCCUCACCCCCAGCAGGCCUUGAGGAGCUGAAUGUGCUGCCUUGGCCACUUUCCCCGGCUCUCUUGGUCCAAGAUCCUGUGUAUCAAUUCGCUGUGUUCAAGCUCAUAUUCCUGAGCGACAUGAGUUGUGCUGCUCUUGGGAUAGAUCGUCUUUCACUGGCGAUGAGGCGUUUUUCCCUUUUCUCCAGGGAUUCCAGUAAGCCUCCCUAAAAGUGGAAUCGAUUCCUAGAUUAUUCUAACUUAACCACAUACAGCUGUCAACCAAGAUUGGAUAUCAAGACAUUCCUCACGGUAAAGAUGUAUAAUUGAUGUACCUGUUACUUUCAGCCUGUUUGUGUCCUUGGGUUCAUUGAAUUAAAGCAGCUCCAAAUGCUUUAAAGAUGGAAGGCAAAUCACCUUCAACUCUGUCUUGUUCUAUCAUAUAUACUAUUCAAAUCUUUUUUUAUUUUUAAACUAAAUACUAUUUAAACUAAAUAGUAUUUAAUUACAAAUCUUGAUAGGGCCCCUGAAAUACACUGUUUAUGUAGACUUGCAGUGACAGAUUGUGUAGAUGAUCCAGUUGUGUACAGUACAUAUGUUUAGCAUUCCUGGAGUUUUGGUGAUGUCAGAAAAGCUUUAAAAAAUUGUUUCAAAUCCAAAUUUAUGUUAUUUAUUUAUUUGUUUGUUUGUUUGUUUAAUUUUCCAGGGCAUGGAAGAUAGUGGUGACCCAACUGGUCUUAUGUGUAGCUAUUUUCUGAAAGUAUGUUAUAUCUGAAGGUCAAAUUGGAUAAUUUAACUUGUUUUAUUUAUUGUAGUAAAGAUGGCAUUUUUUUUUAUUAAGGAGCUUCAUUUGCAUUCGUACUGGAACUUAACUCCUCCUGUUACCUAAAAUAAAAAUUUAAACAUU